AUGGCGCGGCCGGCCUCACCUGCGCCGCCGGGCUGCGCGCGGCGCCCGUCUCAGCGGCGGCGCGGCGGCCUCGCCAGGCCCGGCCCCGGGCGCCCGGCGGCCCCCAUGGCCCCGCGCGGAGGCGGCGGCGAACAAUGCCCGCCCACUCCCUGGUGGCAGGAGGACUUCUCCUCGGGCCAGUACAGCCGCGUGUCCCCAGGCCCCACCACCUACCUCAUGUUCCAGGACAAGAGCUGCUCUCCUUCGCAGAACUCGCAGCAGUCCUCCGACAGAAGCAAUCUCCCCCCUCUGCCCCUCACCACGUCGCAGCGCCAUAAGCGUCACCGGCACUGCCCGGUUUUCGUGUCUGAGGCCACCAUCGUGGGCGUCCGCAAGACCGGGCAGAUCUGGCCCAAGGAUGGGGAGGGCACCUUCCAUGGAGACUCAGAGGGAGGCCAGCUACAGGGAUGACUUUGGGAUGCUGACUGCAACAGGCAAGCAGAGGUGCCUGCAUAGGGCUUCAGGUCACCAUAGCCCCUCCAUGAGCCAGCGUCAGGCAGACAGAGGAUGACCCUGUGGCACCAAGGAGCAAUGAAGACCUCAGAGAGAAAGUGGAGUGUUGCCAGUGAAUCGCUAUUGUUUGUAGCCUCGGACCUGGAGACUCUCCCCCUGCCUGCAUGAGGCGGGGUGGAGAAGGGACAGGGACUGGACUAGGGGGAAGUAGAGGCAGAGAGACUGAGAAGGGACUGGCCAGGGAGAUUAUGGAGACCCAGGAGUCUGAGUGGAGAAGACUCAGUGAAGAAGGUAGAGCCCCAUGCUGAUUCCUACUGUUCCUUCAGUGGGAAGGACACUAGCUGAGCCUGCAUCAUGAGGCCCGCAGAGCAGAGGUGGGCCCUGGAGCUUGGCUGCAGAAGCUGGAGGCUGGAUGAGCCCUGAGCGCUACCCCAGGAGCCUUCUGAGGGGUUCAGCAGGAAAAGGGGGCUUCACCAAGAGCUCCCAAGCAGUCUCUGAGCAGUGGGUGAC